AUGUUAGGGGUUUUUUCCGAACGUUUCGCUGUUUUUAUGAUUUUUUUCUUGGUUGGAGAUACUAUGGCACAGAACAGGAAAUUUUGUUUUGAGAGAGAUGAAACUUUUAAAGAUCUACUUCCUAUCACUGGCAAUGUUAACUUCCUAGAAACCAAGUAUGACCUUAGUCAGAUUGAGUGUGCUAGUAGAUGUGCAUUUUGUGCCGGAUUUUUGUAUAACAGUGCGUCAGGAACCUGCCAUCAUGUGAAAACUCGUCCUAUCCAGGAAUCUUUUAAUACAAGUCUUGUAGACAUCGGAUGGGAAUUUUACAUCCGUUUGAGUGUUUGCGGUCAAGGUUGGCAUCUCUACAAAACUCAUUGUUAUACGCACUUGGAGUUGAAAAAAACAUGGACAGAAGCAAAGAAUUUCUGUGAAAGUAUCGGUGCCUAUCUUGUUAGAAUAGAAAGACAGGAAGAAAGUGACUGGUUACAUGAAACCUUUUUAUCAGUACUCAGGAAUGAAGCCGGGAGACCACAGGUCACCUUACGUCCUAAAACAAUGUCGUAA